AUGCGCUCUAUUCCUCAUUGGCAACCGACUCAUACCACACCCAAUCCCCACGAGCGUCCUCGCAUUACAAAAUGGGUCAGCGGUACGCCUCCUCCAAAAUUCUCUAUCGACCUCGACCGCCCACAAACGGAGAGAUGGGAUGAAGUCUUGAAAUGGGGUAGAGACACGCUCCGACGGGUCCUCAUGAGUCCCACAUACACAACGGUGCGGGAUUUUCCGUACUAUUUCAGAGGCAAUAGCAGCAUUCUUCGUACAUUCGAGCGUCAGCGCUGCUUCUCCGACGACCAGUAUAACGAGAUGAAAGCGAUAGCCAACCUGGUGGAGGCCCCUUUUGACAAGCUCCUCGAGUUCAACCAUUUCAUCAACUCGCUCUUCUCGUGUGUAAGUGGAACCGUCCCAUCAAGCGAAACUGGUAGACUACUCCACUUUCGGACGCUUGAAUGCGGAAUUGGAUUGCCAGAACUCCUGAUGGAGGCCCACUACACCCGAAAGGGAGAAGUAGUCGCCAAAGCGAUUCAUCACUUCGGCCAUGUCUGCUUCACCACGGGCGUUCGUAAAGGAUUUUCGUUAUCCCUCAACUCGAACCUUGUCUACUCCAUUAGCCCUGGCAAAAAGAACUCGUUGAGCCGGUGGCUCUUCAACGAUCCGUGGACUAUCGUCACUCGCAAGCUCCUCCUUGGACGGGAAUGUCCAAGCCUACCAGACGCUGUCAAGCAGAUGGCAUUGCGGCAUCCUCCCAGUAUCUUUCCCGUCUUCUGUGAUGGGUACACUGCGACUGGUAUCAAAUACGACGGCCUCUUGCCCUCUGCCUUCACCGUGUCAGAAGAACAUCAGAGUAUUGUGGUCGGAAACCAUUUCGACCUACCACAACUCCCACCUGGUAUAUCAGUGACUCAGUUCGAAGAGAUGCUGUUCAAAGCCAACAAAUUCCUGGCUACUGAACGCGCAGAGAGCCAGAAACGGGUGAAUGCGAUAGAACAGUAUAUCCUACGGACAUUUCAGAGGCCUGGUCCCACUGGUGUCACCGUCAAGGAGCUCAGCACCUGGUUAACCCGUACACCCGUCAAAAACAGCGCGACGCUCAUGGCCUGCAUCAUGGAUCCAGCCGAAGGUAACAUCCUCUGGUCGGCAGCCUACCAAGUAUCUUAA